AUGGCGUCGCCACCCCUCAACGAUGCUGCGGGCUGCACGCCCCAGCAGCUGGCCCGCCAACUGGAGGAGCUGAAGCGUGAGGCUGAGGCGAUGCAGCCGCUUCUGGAUGAGCUGUACCCCGAGCUGUUCCCGCCAAGGUUUGUUUCGGAGGAGCUGGCCGCGGCAGGCGGCGUCGCGGCCGGCAUGUACGCCGCAUACAAGCUGCUGCGCAUCAUGCCAUUAGGGGAGGUGGUGUUCUCGCACCUGCGCACAGGCAUGCUGGCCGCCACGACCCUCUACAUUGGCUGGCGCCUCACCACCGGCUGCGCCUCGCGCCUCAUCGGCGCGAUCGUCGGCCACCGGCGCAAGCGCCGCGCGGUGCUGCGGCGGUGGCAGGGCCUGGCGGAGCGCAUAGAAAGGCUCCAGCAGCUGACGGAGGCGUGGAGGGCCGAAGGCGCCCAGCCUGGGACGCCCGGCCGCAGCGAGGGCCGACGGGCGGCGGGCUUGCCCCAUGCGGGCCCCACCGGCGGCGCGGGCGCUGCAGAGGGCACGGCGGCUGCGCCGCUGGAGGGGGCGGAGGGCUCUGCUGCGGAGGGGUUGGGGGGUUUCGCGGAGUCGACAUUGGACAGCGCGGGCAGCAGUUUGGACGCAGGCGACUUGACCCCUUUCGCAGGGCAGCAGUUGCCGUCGGUGCAGCAGCAACAGCAACAGCAGGAGCAGCAACAGCAGCAGCAGCUCCAGCAGCAGCAGCAGGAACACCAGCAACAACAGCAACCGCCCCAACAGCAGCAGCAGCGGCCCAGCUGGGGGUCGGGGAUGGCGGGGUGGUCCCAGCUGUAUUCGCGUCCCCAGGCGCAGCCGCAGCAGCCGGUGGGGGCCGAGCGCGUGCCCGGUUGGCCUGGUGGGUCGCCUGUCAUGCUGCCAAAGCCUUGGGACAAUGGCGCCGACACAGAUGAGGAGUGGGAGCAGCCGCAGUUUGCGCGGCCAGGCGGCUCGUGA